UCCCCAUGUGUUCUUGAGUGAGUUACCUUUUCCUGCCUUGAACUCCACUCAAAACUCCUGCUCUCGCUUCCUCCCUUCCUUCUCAUUAUUAAAUGCCCAACCAUAUAAUUCAUCCCGUCGUGGAGGAAAAAGUUGGACCUUCGAGCUUGUCAGUCAUUUCACAGAUCAUGUCCUGUCAAGGAAGCUGCUGCAUUCUCAGAUGUCCUUUUAAAGCAAACCAAUCUCUAUUUCCUCCCAUUUCACUUCAAUCUCCACUCACUGUUAUUGCUGCUGCAAUUCUGGUGUAGCUCCAUCGCUAGGCUAGACAUGCUCAGUUCGCUCAAGUCCUCGGCGUCCUCGUCCUCCCACGAAGAGCAGGACCACCACCACCGUCACCACCCUGCCGCGAGGCAGCUUCUGAUCAGCUGCGCGGACCUCGUCGGCCGCGGGGAUCUCCCCGCAGCGCAGCGCGCCGUGGGGUUGCUACUCGGGACGGCGUCCCCGUUUGGGGAUGCUGCUGACCGGCUGGCGCACCAGUUCGCGCUCGCGCUGUCGAUACGGGCCGACGGCCGGCUGCGCCGGUCUUCGGCGCCGGAGGCGGUCCAGUCGGCCUACCUCGCCUUCAACCAGAUCACGCCGUUUUUGCGCUUCGCGCACCUGACGGCGAACCAGGCGAUUCUUGAGGCCGUCGAGGGUAGCCCCUGCGUCCACAUCCUCGACUUUGAUACCUCCCACGGCCUCCAGUGGCCGCCGCUGCUGCAGGCGAUCGCCGAGCGCGCGGACCACGAGAACCCCCCUCCGGCCAUCCGCAUCACCGGCACCGGAACCUGCCUCGACGUCCUCCGCCUCACCGGCCGCCGCCUCCAGACCUUCGCCGACUCCCUCAACCUCCGGUUCGAGUUCCAUCCCUUGCUUCUCCCGCCGGACUCCGCCGUCCCCGCCGAUCUCAACCUCAACUCUCACCUUCGCCCGGGGGAAACCCUCGCCGUCAACUGCGUGCUCUUCCUUCACAAGUUGCUCAAGGACGAGGACGACGACCGCGGCGAGCUGCGCGCGUUCAUGGCGGCGGUGCGGGGGGCGAACCCAGCAGUGGUGGCGGUGGCGGAGCGGGAGGCGAGCCACGGCUCCCCCGUCUUCCUGCAGCGCUUCGCGGAGGCGAUGGACUACUACGCGGCGGUGUUCGAGGCGCUGGAAGCGACUCUGCCGCCGACUAGCAGGGAGCGGGUGGCGGUGGAGCAGGUGUGGCUUGGCCAGGAAAUCAACGGGGUCGUCGUGGGCACGGUGCGGCACGAGGCGUUCGCUCGGUGGGAGGCGGCGAUGCGCGCCGCCGGAUUCCGCAACCGCCCUCUCAGCCCUUUCGCUCUUUCGCAGGCGCGCCUCCUCCUCCGGCUACACUACCCGUCGGAAGGAUACCAGCUCCAAGCUGCGCGCGACGCCGCCUUCUUGGGCUGGCAGAACAAGGCGCUCUUCUCCGUCUCCUCAUGGCAUUAGCAAAAGCCAUGCGCGAAGAAAAUUAUCACAACGGAAGAGACAACAAAUCAAUUCAUGAGGGAGGGAAGGAAGGAAGGAAGAAGAAGAAUGAAGAUGAAGGCAAAGUUAUUAAUCUCUCUAAUUAAUAAGUUGAUUAAUUAAUUAGCUUAAUUCUUCUCUCCUUUUAGUUGUUAAUUGACUUGAUGAUUGAGGAGGGUUUUUUGAUUUUAGUAGCAAAAAACUCAUCAGUCUAAUUAAUUAAUAUGUAGGUUAGCAUAUAUAUUGUUGUUAUUGUCAUAUAUAAAUAUCUGAACUUGCC